AUGGGUUGCUUCUCCUUCCUGAAGAUCAUGAUGUUUGUGUUCAAUGGUGUGAUAUUUCUGGGGGGCCUGGCUUUGCUCGGAGUUGGCAUCUGGGUGAAGAUAGAUAGCAGUUCCUUUGUGAAGGUCCUGGGAACAGUAACUCCACAGUUGAUGCAGCUGGUCCAUGCGGGCUAUCUGUGCAUGGGAGUUGGUGCCUUUCUCAUCCUCAUGGGCUUCACGGGAUGCUGCGGGGCCAUAAAGGAAAGUAAAUGCCUGCUUCUACUGUUCUUUGCAGUCACACUGAUUCUCUUCGCAGUGGAAUUAGCAGGUGCUGCUGUGGUGCUGGCUUUCUGCUCUGUGGCUGAUAUAUUUGUUGACUACUUGAAAAACUGGGCCACAAACUCCUUAAAAGUGGACUAUGGGAGACAAGAGGACAUCACAGCCAUUUGGGACGCUACAAUGAAAGAGCUGAAUUGCUGUGGAUUCAACAACUAUGGUGAUUUCAACACUUCCUACUUCUAUCAAACUUAUGGGAAAUAUCCCUCCUUUUGCUGCCUAGCCAGCAGAGAAUGCCAAGAAUUUGCAGUUGACCACAGCAAGCAGGGCUGCUUGCAUGAAUUUGAAGUCUUCCUGAGCAACAACGGGAAAAUUGUUGCAGGAGUGGCUCUUGCCAUUGGGGUGCUUGAGCUGGCUGCCAUGACUGUCUCCUUAAUCCUGUAUUGUCAGAUUGGCACACAUGGCUGA